AGCUGUUUUUUCCCUCCAGUGUGCGCUGAGACACCGGAGUGUGAGUGUGUGCAGAAAGGAGGAGGACAGAAAAAUCAGGCACAAAGAUUCCGUGGCUGGAGAGGGGGUGGGGGGAGGGAGAGCAUGUUGCCAGUGGCUUUUCAGCGGCAGCCUUCCUGUUUCCAUCUUCUCUAACUGCACCCCAAAGCCUCAGUCUCUUCUGCAGCCAGGGACACGGAGAAGAACAAGAAAUUUUGAAAGCGGGGGGAGAGCCCCCAGGAACCUUCAAGUCUCUCCCAUUCAUUUUUUCCUCCAGUUUUACCAUGAACCAGGCUCUUUCCUGUCUCUGAGGAGAAAUUAAAAAGCAGAAGGGGGAAUUCAGCAAUUCUUUGGUUGCUAAGUGUGAGUGACAACUGUUAAGCAUGGCCCAAGGAGCCACUGAUCAAAGUAAUGUGGAAACUGCUGACCCAGAGGAGAGUUCUCCAAAUAUGAUUGUCUACAGAAAGAUUGAAGAUAUAAUUACAAGAAUGCAGGAUGACAAAGCAGGCGGAGUACCUAUCCGAACAGUCAAGAGCUUUCUGUCUAAAAUCCCCAGUGUUGUCACAGGUACUGACAUUGUGCAGUGGCUCAUGAAGAACCUCAGCAUCGAGGACCCAGUGGAAGCAAUACACAUGGGAAGUCUUAUAGCAGCACAGGGCUAUAUCUUUCCAAUCUCAGACCAUGUUCUUACCCUGAAAGAUGAUGGGACCUUCUAUCGCUUUCAGGCCCCAUACUUUUGGCCUUCAAACUGCUGGGAACCAGAAAAUACAGACUAUGCCAUCUAUCUCUGCAAGCGGACCAUGCAGAACAAAGCUAGGCUGGAGCUGGCGGAUUAUGAAGCCGAAAACCUAGCAAGACUGCAGAGAGCUUUUGCAAGGAAGUGGGAAUUCAUCUUUAUGCAAGCAGAGGCCCAAGUAAAAAUUGACAGAAAAAAGGAUAAAACUGAAAGGAAAAUUUUGGAUAGCCAAGAAAGAGCAUUUUGGGAUGUGCACAGGCCAGUGCCAGGCUGCGUGAACACAACAGAAAUGGACAUCAGAAAGUGUCGUCAUAUGAAAAACCCACAGAAGGUCAAAAAGUCGGUAUAUGGGGUUACAGAAGAUUCUCAAUCCCAAAGCCCUGUACAUAUGCCCUCCCAGCCCAUACGAAAAACUACAAAAGAGGACUUCCGAAAAAAAAUAACCUUUCUGAAUGUACAGAUAGACAGACACUGUUUAAAAAUGUCCAAAGUUGCUGAAAGUUUAAUAACUUACUCAGACCAGUACAUUGAAUAUGAUCCAUUUAUAACUCCUGCUGAACCUUCCAAUCCCUGGAUAAGUGAUGACGCUACUUUAUGGGACAUAGAAAUGAGCAAAGAGCCCAGCCAACAACGUGUGAAAAGAUGGGGCUUCUCUAUAGAUGAGGUGCUGAAGGAUCCAGUGGGGCGAGAUCUGUUCCUUCGUUUUCUGGAGUCUGAAUUCAGUUCAGAAAACCUCAGGUUUUGGUUGGCUGUCCAAGAUCUCAAAAGACAACCUUUGCAGGAUGUAGCCACCAGAGUGGAGGAAAUCUGGCAAGAGUUUCUAGCUCCAGGUGCACAAAGCCCUAUCAACCUGGACUCUCACAGCUAUGAGAGAACAAGUCAAAACGUUCAAGACCCGGGGAGAUACACAUUUGAAGAUGCCCAGGAGCACAUUUACAAGUUGAUGAAGAGUGACAGCUACGCACGUUUCCUCCGUUCUAACACGUACCAAGACUUCUUGCUGGUGAAGAAGAAGGGAAAGUCUCUGGCAGGCAAGCGCCUCACAGGCCUGAUGCAAUCCUCCUGACAGCCUCAGCUGGACAAGCAGUUGCUGAUAUCCCUGAAGGACAGCUGCACUCCACCUCCAUGGAGGAAGUUUCAUUUUGGGGAGAAUGGGUCACUGUGAAAGAAAGUGCGAAUGAGAGCAAGGGGAGACAAAGGAGCACAAGCUGGAGAGAUCAGCUCACCAGAGGUUCCUCUUUUCAUAGUUUACAUCAAUACUUUCUUACUUGUACAGCUUUGUAAUGACACUGAGUUCUAUAAAGGUACUUUGGUUCCUACUUGGUUUCAAAGGAGCACACUUCAUUGUAUAUGAAAGGUCAACAAGGCAGAGGGCUUAGUAGCUUAUGAGGAAAGGAAUCAGUCCCAACCAUAGCCUAGAGAAAGAAGAGCUGAGCAAGAUCAGUAUUUACCCUUCAUCUCUUCUCUCCCUGGUAAAUGCCACCACCAUCACGGCCACUUGCUCUCUUUCUGGUGACCAUCCAGGUCCAAUAAAAUAUCUACCAGAAGCUGCUUCUCCUGCUCAAAAAAUGCCUAAUUCACGUCUGCUGUGGACGGAAGCAAUUUCAUUGACUGUAUAUUUUUUUUUGUUCCUCUCCUCUUUUAAA